AUUCAUCUGCCACCACUAUGAGUGAAUACUGGGUCUCCAAGAAAAAAUACUUUUGCAAGUACUGCGACAUUUAUAUUACCGAUGAUGCUCCUUCCCGACAACAACAUGAGAAUGGUCUUCGACACAAGGGAAAUCGGGACAGGUUCAUUCGAGGGCUCUACAAGGAGGGUGAAAGAAGGAAGAAGGAUCAGGCAGAGGAGAAACGCGAAAUGGCCAGGGUGGAACAGGCUGCUCAAGCUGCAUUCGCCGUAGAUGUUGGUGCCGGAUUUGCCAGACAGUCCACGGCACAGCCGUCAACCUCUGCUGCACCACCCAAGUCAAAGCCAAAGCCAAAGCCAAAGCCAUCAAAUCUUUUCGCAGACUACUCCACGGCCAGCUCGCUCGGGUAUACUGAUCCCGAUGCCGAGAGAAUAUUACUAGAGGCUCAGCGUCGGAGAAGUGAAGGUAUAGCUGGGAACUGGGAGGUCGUUGAGCCCACCCCACCCCAGGAUACUGAAUCGUCAUCGUCUCAAGUCGCGGGGGUUAAGCAUCCAGCAGAUGAUCACGCAAGCAAGGAUGAUUCUCGCCACUUCCAGCUUCGCAAACGCACUCUAGACGCCGGUCUCGGACAGAUAUACGAUCCUGGUGCCAUCCCCAUCAAGCGGAAGAGAGAGGACUCAGAGGUGGAUAUUCCUGGAAAAGCUGCCUCACCCUCUGGGAAAGAAUCACUGGGUUCUUCUGGUAUCCCAAUAUCAAAGUGGAAAAAGGCUGGGGAGAUAAAUGCAGAUUCAGAGGAUAUUGAAAAACGCCCGGACGCCCUCGUUAAGGAUGAGGAGGGCCACAGCGCGGAUGUCAAAGUUGAAGAAAAUGCGCUAGACAUCAAACCCAACAUCAAUGGUGACGGUCCUACUUCUGAGAAGGGGGCGAGUCUAUUUCGAAAGCGCAAAUCCGCUCUAGGCGGAACUAGAGGAAAGCGCUCAAUAUGACUGAUAUGUCUGUGUUCUUCGCACAGCAUAAUGCAUUUUGAUACUUGCUACCAUAGAUAUCAGGGACCGAGUUGCGAAUAUAACCUGCAGACUCGUAACAAGACGGCUCGUGAUGAUCGUGUCAGACGAAGAUUUUGAAUACACUUGACUGAUGA